AUGACCCUGCACACUGAGAUGACACACGCCGGCGCGCGCCAGAUGUUGGCGGCCAGGGGCGCAGAGAUCCACCAGCUCAGGCAUGACAACAACCAGAUUCAGAAACGCAGGAACCACUACAUGUCUAGGCGCGAGCGCUUGCAGGCGCAAGUCGCCGAAGUCAGACAGGAGAUGCUGGAACAGAAGCAGCUUGUAUGCUGGCGGCCCCAACGACAUAUCACGACCUACGGAGGGUACGCGCUCGCUCUGAGGCGAAGCCACUCACACGCGGGAGCAAAGGUGGCAGCUGCGAUGAUUGCGGGCGACGAGAUAAGAGGCAGCGUGCGAGACUUCAAGACUGUUCACGAGUACGAGCAACGAGCUUCCAUGGCAAAGGUAGCCAGGGCACGCGCAUUCUAUCAAGAGGGCUUUCACAAUGCAGCCUUUGAGUUCCAUUGCAUUAAAGCAGACGCGACCAACGGAGAGGCCGUGAAUAAGGCAAAGGUUCACGUGUCUUUGAUCAGCAGCACGUACUUGGCAGCCCUUGGUGACGACGAGCCUGAGAGCGCCAUCGCAGACCCUGAUGGCAAUAUAAUUACCGACAGAAUUUCAGCUCGGAUAACAACAUGUGAGACGUGCGGUGACUUGCAGGAAGUACAGGGCGGGAAGGGCUCCGACACUUACGACAUGAUCCUUCGCGAGUGCGAGAGCGUCGCGUGCCCGACCUGGGAAGCUAGGGCCCGAGACCGCGCGGCCCUCGAGGGUGGCGACGAGCGCUGCUUAACUGUGUACCUCUUCGGGCUCGAUGCAGGUCCAGAUAACAAGGGUUGCCUUCAUCUGGUUCGGCGUUCGCUACUCGGUGACAAUUACGUUAUGUUCCAGGUGGUGCGGUGCUUCUUCCACCAGAUGCAUCUCAUCGCGAGGCGCAUCUUGGCGACAAUAGAGAUGUGGUAUUGGGAAGAAGGCGGGGGCGCGGACAGCUCUUAUUACAGCGCAGUUGCUACAAUUGCCAACGUGUGGCGGACGACAGGGAACGCCAGGAUAAUUAGAACUGCCGCCCAAGAGCUAUUCACGCCCGAAGUCUCCAAUGUCCUUUUCACCAAACUGCCUGGCAAGCCGCUGAGGGGGCGCUGGGGCAGCAUUGACGGAGUGGAAAGUAUCAUAGCCAACUCCAGGGACCACACCGGGGCAGUAUUCCAGAAAGCGCUCCCUUCACUGCCCGAGAAGAAGGCCGCCGCAGCCAAAGCCCGAGCACCAGGUGGCGACGAGGACAAGGACUAUUCGGCAAAGCAGAAGGAGUACAAAGCUACAGCCAGAAGGGCAACUUCGACAAAGCUGUUCCUGGCAUUGGCCUAUAUCAGCAGCAAAGCGAACGUGCCAAUGCUGAGGUUCAUGCGAUGGGGGCAGACAUGUAUCAAGAAGGUGAAAGCUGCCUUUGCCGCUGACGCAUCUCACCUCGGGCCCGCGGUGCUAUCUACCUUCGUCUGCCAGACAACGCAGGUGAUUAACGAGGACAUAUGCAGGCUGCUGCGCGCGGACUCCGUUGCCGACGACCUCACGUGGGGCCCGCUCUGGGGCAUGCCCCCCCCUGGGCACGAACGCAGGGCGCGGCUCCUAAUCGUUUCGCUGGUGCUGAAGGAGGCGGCAAGCUGGCGCGUGCGCGCCACGAAAGGGGCAAUGGAUUUCCCCUUCCUUUUCCUGAAAGUGCUGGAGGAGCCAAGCGCAGAACGUUCGGAGACCAGGAAAACGAUCGCCUCGCUCCUGCUGGAGAAGUGCGACUGCUGCCUCGAGGAGAUGCACGGCGACUUGUCUCUCAAAGCUAAGGCCAUGUUCCGAGAUGCGUGGGAGACCAUGAGAGACACUGGGACGUGCCGCGCCGACUUGCACGCGUGGCUGCCGAUCCUAAGGUCGCGCAUGCCUUUCGACGCGCAGGAAGUGGAGGGGGUGAAUUCGGUGAUCCAGAUCACGACGAGAAUUGCGCCGUCAAUGAGGCUCCCCCUUACAAGCCACAGGGUUCGCAUAAAGAAGGGCGACCCGAUCAGCGUGGAAGAGUGCAUCGCAGUGGACAAGCAGGUGAGGGAGGAGAUGGCCACGGUUGCCUUCGCGGACCGCUUCGCGCCGCUGCCGGCCAUGGACGAGGGACGCUACGCGCUCGCUGCGAAAGCCUUCAUGCCCGUUUUCGCAGACUCUGUGUUUUCUUUGGCAGUGGGCGAGACGCGGGGGUUCAUCAUGUGCUUUUCCUUAUCUUACAACGUUUACGUCGUGAUGGGCAAGUUGGCGCUACAUGGGCCUGUGGGGGAUUUCUACCUCUCCGAUGACCUCCACGUGGCGCCCCUGGUAGAGCUGCCGGAGGGAGCUCUGGGGGCAGAGGGGGAACCGCCUGCCAAGAAACUGAAGCAGGGGAAACUGCCGGCGAUGACGCUGAGGCGAUGGAGCGCCAGGUGGGUCACGCUGCAGCGCUGUAGACUCAACGACAUGGAAGAGCUCGAGCUGAAACCGAGGCCGCGCGCCAGCGCGAAAGGCGGAGGCGGGGCACCUGCUGGGCCUGCAAUCGGCGACGGCGGCGACGGCGACGACCAUGACUACGAGGGGGACGACCUGGACGUGACUGCUUUGAUGGAGGAGCUGCCCGGGGCGGGCCUCGAGCUGGACGAGGGCGCCGUGGAGGACGGGGGUCUCGCAGCGAAUCCAGAGGGUGAGGACCUAGACGACCAUGGCCUUGAGGUGAAGGAGGACGAGGGGGAGGACAUUGUAGAUCACGUAGAUGGGCCGCCAGCACGGCCGAGGUUCCCUGAUCUCACGCCAGAGGAGGAACGUCGUGUUCGAGAGCUGUCCUCGCGCAACAAAAGGUUGCUGGAGGAUGUGUUCGUCAAGGCGAGGGAGAGGGAGCACGUGCCCACCGACGUCAAGGAUAUUGGCCUCAUCGUCACCGCCGAUGGGCACGUACAUUUUGUUUAUUGGAUUGUUCCGGCACACCGGAAGGGCAGGAUUAUCCGCCUGGACAACAAGAACAGGACUGUGACUGUUGUUCCAGGCAGCUCCUUCCCAGAGCACAUGUUCGAGGGCUGCAGGGUCGUGCUCGGCGACACGGGGGCGGCCAUGGUGAAAGCCAAGGGCGACUUGAGGGCUCCAAUGCCCGAGUGGCCGUUGACGUUGCAGGAGUACGAGCAGACUCAGCUUUGCCAGGGGCCACUUG